AUGGAGUGUCGCGUGGUGGCCUUCGGCUGCAAUGACGACGGGCAGCUGGGCACAGGCGCCAAGCGCCGACCGACACUGGCCCUCGACGACGUGUCGGCCUCCAACUUCCCUGAGCAACUCGACAGUUUGCGUGACGAGGACGUCGUCGCCGUCUCGUGCGGCUCUCGUCAUACGAUGGCGCUCACGGCCAGUGGUGUCGUGUUCUCGUGGGGGUGGGGAUCGAUGGGCCAGUUGGGCCAUGGAGACCUCAAGUGCAUGAACGCGCCCCGCAAAAUCGACUUUUUCGCGGACAACCACCUCGUGGUCACGUACAUUUCUUGUGGGGGCUGUCACUCUGCUGCAGUGACGACCGACGGCACGCUGUACAUGUGGGGCGAGACGCACUGGGGUCAGCUGGGGUUGCCGAAGGAGUUUGACGCGUCGCACGAGUCACUGCCGGUCCAGUGCUCCAUGCCCGCGACUGAAGACGGUGAACAUGUUGUGAAGGUCAGUUGUGGGGGCACUCACACGGCUGCACUGACCAACUUGGGACGUGUGUUCGUGUGGGGACGAGGCGAUAGCGGGCAGCUGGGUAUUGGCUCAGCGUGGCUGAACGAUACAGACAGUGACGGUCUCAUGGGAGUCAGCCGUCCGCAUUUGCUGGACGGGUUCAAUCAUGAGAAGGUCGCACAGGUCACAUGUGGUGCGUUCCACUCCGCUGCGGUGACUGAAGAGGGACACGUUUACAUUUGGGGGAAAGAAGACUACGGCAUGCUUGGCAUUGGCCAGACUUCCGACCAGCAGACACCGAAGCGUAUCGAGUUUUUCGACGACAUUCCAGCGCAGCGAGUCUCUUGCGGUGGCUGGCACACUGUGGUGGUGGCGAAGUCAGGAGACUGUUACGCCUUCGGACGAGGUGAAUACGGGCGACUGGGUCUCGGUGACGCAAAGAGUCGAUUGCGGCCCCACUUGGUGGAAGCUCUGCAAGGCAAAAAAGUGAUGCAGGCUGCGUGCGGUGGCUCGCACACCUUGUUCGUUACACGUGACGGCACUGUCUACGUUGCUGGACGGGCUGACCAUGGCCGACUCGGCUUGACAGACCUGAAAGCAUUGUCAGUCCCCACGCAGCUGGAACUCGGUCCACUUCCUGUUUUCCAGGCAUCUGCCGGUGGUGCGCACUCUGUCGCUGUGCUGCACACUUCGCGACGCAUUUCGUCGCCGACGAUGUUGCCGGUCGCUUCAGACGGUCCCAUUCUUCCGGACACGAAGCCAUAG